AUGCGCACCCAACUCUUCAUCAACAAUGAGUAUGUAGAUGCUCAAAACAAGGAAACGUUGGCUGUCUACAGCCCACACGAUGAGUCGCUUGUAACAGAUCAGCUCCAAGUUGCUGGUCAGGAAGAUGUAGACAAAGCUGUUGCAGCAGCGCGAGCAGCUUUCCACGGAGAAUGGUCCAAAUGGACACCGGCGCAAAGAUCGACAGUUAUGCUAAAGUUCGCAGAUCUGGUCGAUCAGCAUGCUGAUGAGCUAGCUCUUUGGGAAAGCACGUGCAUGGGCCAGGCCAUCUCUACCACUAAGAUGCUUUACAAAAUAUUCACUGGUGCCUUUAGAUACUAUGCUGGAUGGACAGACAAACUACUUGGCGAGCAAUAUCCGGCGCACGAUGGCUUUUACAGGGUUGUCCAGUACGACCCCAUUGGAGUGUGUGCUGGCAUUGGUGCCUGGAACGGGGCGCCGGGAUUUUUCGGCUCUAAAGUUGCUACAGCUGUCGCUGUUGGAUGCACAGUCGUCUACAAAGGAUCGGAAAAGACUCCAAUUGGCGUGCUUCAACUUGGCGAUCUAAUCAAAGAGGCCGGCUUCCCUCCAGGAGUCAUCAAUAUCAUCACUGGUGCCGGCUCUACAGGAGCGAUGCUGUCAGCUCACAUGGACAUCAACAAGCUAUCGUUCACGGGAUCACUUGAUACCGGGAAAAAAAUCCAAGAACUUGCAGCAAAAAGCAAUAUGAAACGAGUUGUCCUCGAGCUCGGUGGAAAAUCUCCGAGUCUGAUCUUCGACGAUGCGGACUUGGACAACGCUCUCCAACAUCACAGCCUAAACUUUCUUUUCAACACUGGCCAGGCAUGCGUAGCAGCAAGCAGGGUCUUUGUUCAGGAAAGUAUUGCCCAGAACUUUAUUGAGCAGCUGAAGGCUCGGUUUGAACAAGUAUCUCAGACUACCGGAUCGCCUCUGGACCCAAAGACGAUCUUUGGACCACUAGCCGACAGCUUGCAAUAUGAACGCGUGAUGAAGUAUUUCGAGAUUGGAAAGCAAGAGGCCGAGCUCAUCACUGGCGGAAAGCGCCACAACUAUUCCAACACCGGAUACUAUGUGGAGCCAACUAUCUUCCUUAACCCCAAGGACGAUGCUCGCAUUUACCGCGAGGAAAUUUUCGGCCCAGUCCUUACUAUCAAGACUUUUAAAACAGAAGAGGAAGCCAUCAGGAUGGCUAACGACACUUUUUUUGGUCUAUCUGCAUGCAUCUAUACUGCUUCGACGAGCCGUGCUCUCCGCAUUGCGAAGCAAAUUGACUCUGGCAAUGUCAACAUCAACUCUUCUCAGUCCUUCAGCAUUGCUGCUCCAUUUGGCGGCAACAAGCAGAGUGGCAUUGGACGGGAGGGUGGACGGCAGGGACUUCUGCAUUUCGUUGAAACAAAGACUAUAAGCAUCAAUAUGAAUGUUUAG